CUGUUAGUGCUAUAGCGCAAGGAAACGUGUUUGCUAUUCAUGUCCACUUAGACGGACAUAGCAACGAGUCUAGAGAGUACAUUACAUACUGAUACUAACUAUACUACUUCUUGGCGCUGAUUCAAGUAAUUAGGAAGAUUAUAAGAAAAAACGUUCAAUCAAGGGAACAUACGACAAAAGUGAAUUUAUUGAAAACUAAUAUUAAGUGCGCGUCAUGGAUAUGAGACUUCUUUUUGUCUCAGUCUUUUGUCCGGGUAAAAUAACCUGUAAGACACUUCAUCCGCAUAUAGACCCUUUUGACCUUCGCACACGUCAUACAUCGCGCAUCGGCCAAAACAUCGCAAACCGUAAAUAUCGUUAAACCGGAAGAUGAUCGAGGAAGCGCGUAAAGUUAAGUUGUUUGAAAACAUGUCGCUUUGCUGGUCGCGUUUAAUUUCGUAUGUACGUAGAAUCUGUGAGAAAUGUUUCAAUAUUGUGCAGUGCCAGUGCUCUGUGAAUUGCAUAAAUCUAGGAGAGUGAAUUUCUGUAUCAGUAAGAUGCACUUGCUUUACUUAUACCCAGAGAUAUUUCACAUGUGAAGAUUGUUUUUACAAAGGCAUCCAAAUCACCCUGGGAAGCUGGUGUUAAGGCAUGUAGGCGACGAGAGUACGGAUCAGAACAACAAUAUCACCAUGACUAGUGAGGACUUGCUGCAACCUGGCCAUGUGGUCAAGGAACGAUGGAAAGUCAUGAGAAAGAUCGGUGGCGGCGGGUUUGGCGAAAUAUACGAGGGCUUAGAUUUGAUGACAAAAGAACAGGUUGCCCUAAAAGUGGAGUCUGCCCGCCAGCCAAAGCAAGUCCUCAAGAUGGAAGUGGCUGUUCUAAAAAAACUGCAGGGUAAAGAACACGUUUGCAGAUUCAUAGGCUGUGGUCGAAAUGACAGAUUCAAUUAUGUCGUGAUGCAACUGCAAGGUAAAAACUUAGCAGAAUUGCGACGUGCGCAGCCAAGAGGUGCCUUUUCACUAUCUACCACCUUGCGACUCGGUCAUCAGAUUCUAAAAGCAAUAGAGAGCAUACACCAAGUGGGCUUCCUUCAUAGAGACAUUAAGCCGUCAAAUUUUUCAAUCGGCCGUCAUCCAUACAGUGCAAGGAUGGUAUAUAUGUUGGAUUUUGGUUUGGCUCGCCAAUUUACAACUGGUACUGGCGAGGUCAGACCACCUCGCACUGCUGCAGGAUUCAGAGGAACCGUCCGGUAUGCUUCCGUCAAUGCUCACAAGAACAAGGAGAUGGGAAGACAUGAUGAUUUAUGGUCAUUAUUUUAUAUGCUAGUAGAAUUUGUCAAUGGGCAACUCCCGUGGCGCAAGAUAAAAGAUAAGGAACAAGUAGGGCUUAUGAAGGAGAAAUAUGAUCAUCGAUUACUUUUGAAGCACUUGCCUUCUGAUCUACGUGUCUUCUUGGAACAUAUUCAGAGUUUGGGAUACUCGGACAAACCAGAUUACGCGAUGCUGGCUGGUUUAUUCGAACGUUGUAUGAAACGCAGAGGAGUGAAACCAACAGAUCCAUAUGAUUGGGAGCGUCCACUAAUAGCUAACGAAGGAUUACCAACAACCAGAUCAUUACAUGCAGCCGCGGUACCUCCUGCAUUAACAAUAGCAACUACUAUUAAUCAAGCACCAACCACACCGAAUCUCGAUACCAAUAAUCAAGAAAAUGUUGAGCCAGACAACAGAAAAGAAUUAGACGCGCAGUUGGACUACGAAAGUAUGUGCAGAAGAAAUCGACAGCGUGGAAUAGAAGGAUCAGCUGCACCCUUUACCUCAGCCAUUAGCAAUCAUGGCCGAGAUAAAAAUUGCAAUGCUACGAUACCCGUCACAGACAAUACGCAUCAGCAAAGCGGUCAGCAAGUCGUAGCUACACCCCCUGUACAAGAAUCGCCAAAGAAAAGACGCGCAGUAUCAAUGGCUGUCGAACCACAAUCCCCAGCUGCACCUGCUGAAAAACAAGUAGACAACGAGGGUGAUGCACUAAUGGCGUCCGCUCGUUCAGCAUCCGAAGUUCCUCGCAGUAAAACAAGUGCAAACACCGCGGCGCCACUUCGUAAAUCUGCAAGUGGCGCUACGUUUGCUCGUUUGCGGGUUGUCGCGGCUCCGGAGACGCCGCCUGGCGAACCGCCAAGCCCCAGGAUACAAACUGAAGUUGAUGCCUCUUACUGCUCUUACGAUGUGACUAACACAAAGCACGUUGGAAAUCAAAGUCCUGUAACCGAACAGAGAGAACCAUUGAGAAGAGAACCCAGGAGACGAACUGAUGGUCGUUCGCAAGGACGUGCCGCACGUACGGCGAUGCGGGACUGUUCAAUCACGCAAUUCGCACAGAUAGACGACGACAAUGUUUCAGCGUUACAACAGGUGACUCGUGGUGGUGGUGGACUCACCCUGGCCUCCCAGUGGAAGUCGCAGUUCGACGACUCAGAGGAGACGGAUAAUGAAUGGAAAGGAGAGAAUUUGCAGAGUCCGGAACAUAGAGGAGCUAAUCCACCUUCACUGGUUCCACAGUCCACAGUUGGUAGUGAAGCUGUAGCUACUGCAACCCCAACACCGGGAUCUCAUGAGGCAAAAGCAACAACGGCACAACCAGUAUCGGUAGUAACAGCUGUAUCUCAACAGCAACAUCCAACUCCCACGGCACAAACAGCACUCUCGAGAAUAAGCGAAGACUCGCCAAGACCGGCUGUACCUCAUAGAUGCCUAAAUAUUGCCGGAAUCGAAAAAUAUCCGGAACUGCAGGGAGCACUUCCUCGAGCAUGGAGCGUACCGGCGCUGGCGCCGCACGUUCGUGCCUAUCUGGAAGCACCCUUGGUCCAGCAAGCAGCAUUCGACGAUCUCUUAUACGAAGUAGAUGUCAUGAGAAAUAUUGCUACUAGACAUGACGAACCACGACAAAGUCCGCUACAGAGAAGAGCAAGUGUGCCAGCUGUUGCAUUUUCACCUCCUAAUACUGUACCCAGUACACCAGCUGGGGACGAGGAAGAACAGGCUGUGGCAGGAAGACUGGAAAUCAGAGUAGUCGAUGCUACGGGUGGUGCUACCGUCGUGCAAACAAGUGCGGACAAAGAACCUUUACAAAAAAAACUAACAAAUGGCACGACAGGUAGUCCUGCUAGUCCUAACCCCGGAGCAGAAGAACCUUCAGUAUAUUAUGACGCAACUGAGAAUCGCGCACCUGUUAAUACCUCGUCGAAUGGCGCUCCUGCUGCAACCACUGCCUCGACAACCGUUCCAAACACUGUUCCAUUGCGCGAAUGCAAGGACAAUAAGGAAAAGGAUACACCCAGCAGGCCACAUAGUACCUACAGUAAAAUACCAAUACCUGUGAAGAGUCCUAGGUGCUCGUUAUCUGAAUCAACACCUGAGACUAACACACCUAAUACAAGAACUGGAACUGGAAGUGAGCCUGAAAGGUCACCCGCAGGGAUCAUUCAAUCCAAGGACAGAGAUAGUGCUACCAAAGGUAAACCCUUGACAGUGCACACGGACGCGCCAGCACUACGUCGAUGCGUGACAUUGCCCGAUGCGCGAGCGAAUGCGCCCCCCUUAACAUCGGCGAGUUCGACGGAAGAUGAAAAUCUAACCGGGUGCACGCCAGCCCUCCGUCGUCGCAGACAGAGCGAGAAAUACGUGACAGAUGCCAGCCAGCUAAAUUUACGGUUUCAAAGACCGCAACGUAGGACAAGACCGACCUCCGAGGUAUUGCCAAGAUUUUACCCAAGGGGAGUUCCAUCCUAUCUUUUAGGAGAGGCUGGUAAGAGAAAUGAAGAAAGCAGUGACAACGAUUCCGAUAGCAGUGGACCACCGAAUGCUCAACCUCCACCACCACCCACCAUGCUACCGCCUCACGUAGCAGAAAAUAAUGCUAGGUGCCGCAGAUUUAGGCCAGUACCAGACGCAGCGGUAGUUAGCAGAGAAUCGUGAGGUUUAGUGUUUGAAAAUUACGGAAAUUUUCGUUCACACUAAAUAUCAGCCAAGUUCUCCCACAGCCAACUAGGAAUGUGAUACCUUUUUGGAUCAAAUAAGCAUAUAUAGCCUUUCUAGUAGCUGAAAGCAGUCAUGAAACUCGAAAAGACUUUUGGUUCAGGGAAGAAAUGUAUCCCUUCGUAAUAUGAAAACGACACAACAUUGUAUUUACUUCAUAUGGGACAGUGUGAUUUGUCAUAAUUUUAAGAUAUUUUAGAAGGUUGUCUUGUCGGCAUUGCCAUAUUCGUAAUUACUGAUUUUCUUUGGUACUUCUAUUUCGGUACGAGAUAAACAUAACUUUUUUAUCUGAGCAACGCAUACCGAAUGAAUUCAGAUAAUUCGAAUUUGGCUGUACGUACAAUUUUUUUCGGUGUACAAUCGGUAAGGAUUGACUGCGAGAAUGACGAACAGCGAUGCUUGCGAAAAUAAUAAAUAAUAGAAAUGAAUCUAGCCAUAAAUUUUAAUCGAAACAUACGACGUAAACUUCCAUCGAAUGGUACACGCCAGGGACACAUGUAUUCCGAGUGUAAAAUGUAUAUUGCGCGAUGUCUUGGCUGAUCCAUAAGUUACUCUAUGUACCGUCGCACUACUCUUUGUACAACAACAUUACUAUAUAUAACUAUAUACAGCACAGUGAUAUUUAAUCGAGUCUAAUUUAUUAUUAAAAAAAACGAAUUAAAUGACACAGGACUUAUACUACUUGAAUUAACUUAUUUUAAAAAAAGAUAUUCCAUAUUAUCGAUUAAGCUCAAACAAAAACUUGUGGCUGUUAUAACGUAUGAAUUAUUUUUAUAAUCUAAAGCAAAAGAGUAACACAAUUAUCUAUUCGAUAUGCACGCUGUCUCUAUUUUUUAUCUUUUACUGUUUGUACACUGAAAAUAAUAUAUGCAGUUCAAGACCAUGCAGAAGGGUGUUACAUAUCUAGCUAAUGGCGAGAAGAAAAAGAAAUUAGAAACAAAAUUUACGUCGUCAUCUACUCCCCGUUUGAAUUUUUGGAGUAUAAUUAUAUAAAAUUGAAUCUACGUGUGGCCAGUCGUGUGAGGCUUCCCUAGGAAUUUCUCGAGCGAACGAUUUGUCUCGAACAGGGGGUAGAUACGACUGUUUUAUUCAAAUGAUAUUUAAGACUCUUACUGCGAUAUCUUGACUGCAGUAUAAUAUUGUGAAGAGAGGGUCUCAUAGAAGACAAUUAUUAGGGUAGCUAUCGGACCUGGGCGAGUGUGCUAGUCUUGGCGAAACCCACCAUUAAAAAUCAACAGAAUGCAACAAUUUUUAGAUAGCGAUUUAAAGAACAGGUUAGGUCUUGCUAUAUAGAAAUUAAUGUCUGAUUAUUAACAAAUAAUAAAAUACACACCGAUUACCUUCUUAUACCGUAUGUCAUAUCAAAUGCAGGGUCCUGUAUAUCUAUGAUCGAUUGCAUAGAUUAUUCACUGAUCAUAAUUUAUUUUGACACUAACUAAAAGUUAACUCAUAUUUGGCUGUUUUUUUGUUAGUCCAUAUUAUUUUAGUACAAUUAUUUAAACUAUUGGUCGCCAUUUGAGUUGUUUUCAUUAUUUUAGCAAGAUUGUUUCGCCUAUAAAAUGGUACUACCUUGCAAAUCAAUUUUCAUCAUAGAACAAAAAGCCUGAGUCCUAAAUAACAAAUUAAUUUUCCAUUCAACUCAUGAGGAAUAGUGUUUAAUUUUUCUUCAAUAAUAAUUGAUAAUCCUAAAUGGAGUUGUAGAUGAAUCUUCAAGUAAUGCAAAUCAUUGUUAACGAAUGAUUGAAGUUUCACAUAUUAGUUACAAAAUCCAAUGAUACAUAAGGCUAGUCAGAUGAGAGGGGGAUGCGAUAAUAUACUAUUGAAUUGAUAAUUAUUGACGUAGAAUCACAAUGCCAUGUGUAUAGUAAAGAAGAAACGUUUAUGUUUUAUAAUUUUAUGAAGUAGCGUUAAGAUCUCAGCGAUGCGAGCGACAUUAUAAAUAAAAUAUCAUCAUACGUGAUAAUAGUCAAUGUUUUCGGAUUAAUGAUAUCGAAUAAUUCUUGAUGAUUGGUUGAACCAUCUCUGCAAUAUGCCGUACGUUGAGUGGGACGUUAAAUCAAAAGACUUUUAGUGCAAUAUCCAUGUGUGUUCUUAUAUGUCUCUUGAACAACUCAUUUACUCUCUUACCUAACAUUAAAAUGCUGGUCUCAUGACAUAUUUAUUCUGGUAACUUAAGAGCUUACUAUUCGAGUAUCUGUUAUCAUUUAAGUUAGAUUAUGUAACAGAAUAAAUCGACAGUAUCGUUGAUAAUCGAAAUGUUGUGUUUAGCUUGAGCUACUUUAUGUCAUUACAAUAAUAAAAGGAAAUGUAUAAACUUUAAUUCUUUGCCAUCUCAAUAAGUUACAGAAACACUUGAUGAUAUUCUUCGACUUGAGACCUUAACGUAACUUGCUAACCAUUUAUUGUGAGUUUCACACGAACAAGAGAAGAUAUUCUUUGUCAAGGAGCAAUGGUAAUAUUGUUGUGAUUCUAAAAACAAUACCAAGUACCCACGAUAACGCUAUACCCUUUCAUCAGUAUUAGGAUAUCUCACAAAAUUAGUGCAAUAUAUUAAAGAAUUGCGAAUGAAACGAUAGUUUUCAGGAUUGACUUAUAUAUGUAGGUAGACUUAUAUAUAUAUGCCAAAUUACCAAUAUUUAUUGUAUUAAUAACAAUUGCUUAGUGACUGAGCAGUAUUGUUAUGAAAGAAAUUGUAUGUAAUUUAUAAAGAUAAGUACCAUGCUUCCAUAAGACUAUACAUGCAAUGGGAUAAUGAUAAACGUUUAUUCACAUUGCGUUGUCAUAAUUCUGAAGUAAUGGAAGCAUACUCGAGUCUCGUUAUGAACGAAUGCAUUUUUUUGUUUAUUUAGAAGUUUAACAAUAUGCCAUUUAUUUCAAAUGUUUUAUUAAUACCAUUCACGUGAGCCAGUGCCAUGGUCGUUGAAAAAAAAAGUUGUCAUUCAAAUUUCAUACAACCGAAAAGCAAUAGAACGCCAAAAGAGAAAUGUUGCAUUCCGUUGAGAAAAUAACAAAAAACCGCCCCAAAAUCGCUCCACCAAUUAGGUUCCUGUACAUAAUAUAUAUUAUUGUAUCGCAAGUGAAUCGAUGCUAAUUAUUGAGGGAUCGUUCGAUCAGUAAUAAUAAUAAUAUAAUUAUUGUAUUUUUUCUCCGCUUCAUGCUCUAUACAAUAGAUACAAAACUCUAUCGGUACAUGUGUAUUGUAACCAUGUUUGACUACUCGUAUCCGCAAUCUUAAAGCAGAUGAGUACUAUUAAUUAAUUAUUAAAACUACUGUAAUGAAGUAUGCAAGUGGUAAACAGAUAUUAUUAUCUACGAAUAAUAAUUGUUAGUUUAUUAUUAAAUUAAAAUUAAUACCAAGAAAACGAAAGAUUGAGAAAGAACUAUAACAAACAAAAAAAUGCUUGUAGCUUACUGCGUCAAUAAAGCAAGGAGAGAACGUGACUUUCA